AUGUUCACCAGCCGCUCCCUUGCCCUCUCUACCAUCGUUGCCGGCCUUGUGUCCGUUGCCUCGGCUGCCUGCACCGAAGGCGCCUACCAGUGUGUCUCGCCCGGCGUUCUGCCCGACUUUACCCUGUGCGCUGGCGGAACCAACUACGCCCUGACCUGUGGACCUGGCACUGUCUGCUACCCCAGCGGCAACUCGAUCAUCUGCAACCUGCCUUCCACUGCGUCCGCUACCACCACCUCGAGCUCGGUCCCGACCACUCGCAGCAAGACCACCACCACCACCAAGACCACCACCACCAAGACCACCACCACCAAGCCCACCACCAAGACCUCCACUACUCCCGUCAAGUCGACUACCACUACUACCACUACUACCGCCACCACGCCCACUACCACCCCUACCAACACCCCCAGCUCUGGCAACCUGGCCAUCACCUACGACCAGUUCAACUGCAUCUUCACCCAGCUCAAUGGCACCCUUCCCUACGAGCGAUUCACGGGUCUCGUCUCCACCUUCAACGACGAGCCCUGGGUGACCGACCCCCACAAGCUGGCCAUCUUCCUGGGUGAGAUUGAUCACGAAAGUGACGGCCUCACUGCCCUCCGCGAGUACUGCUCUCUGCCCGGCGCCAACCCCAGCUGCCUCACGGACUUUGAUGGCCAAGGCUGGCCCUGUGGCUCGACCACCCCUGUCGCCGGCCAGCACUACUACGGAAGAGGCUUCAUCCAGCUGACCUGGGUCUGCAACUACGCCGCCGCGGGACAGGCUCUUGGCCUGGACCUCGUCAACAACCCCAGUCUUGUCGAGACCAACGUGACCGUUGCCUGGCAGACCACCAAGUGGUUCUGGGAUUUCAACAACAUUGCCGCCGCCUCCGGCUUUGCCAAUGCCACCCAGAUCAUCAACCCCAUCGAGUGUGACCAGGGUGCUGGCACCAACGCCAACCAGCAGGCUCGCAUUGCCCGCUACAACACUGUCAUCAAGUGUAUGGGUCUCGUCGAUCCCCUCCCCAAGGAGUGCUAAAUUUCUCCUCUCCCCUUUGGCCCCCGUCGGCCUUGCCCCGCACAGUGUGGCUUAAUAUUCUAAUACUUUGUAAUUCUAUGAGCCGGGGACCAGGGGGGAAGUGCGUGUUCUUUCAUUGUCGCCCGGCAACGGUACACAUGAUUGAAUCUUCUCUCUCCCUCCCCGUCCUCGAUGCGAUGUCUGGCCUCUACUUGGAAUGCUGGCCUCUACUUGGAAUGCUGUACUCUAUGACCCUCUUCUAUGUGAUUCUAUUCUCCUCUCUCUCUGGUUUGGCUUCCCGAUUCGAUGGGGGCGUGCACUGUACGCUGUUCAUCCAAGGAAAUACAUAUGAACAAACCAGCUCGUACCGAC